GCUCAAAACGAAGGUAAGAAGUGUAGUGAAUUUAGUUUUUUAGAGUGUUAACCAGAAAUAAUGUGAGGAGUUCAUGGCUACGAGGCUUGCGUUUCCUACCGCUACCUUUACUGUCCAAGGGCUUGCUAGAUUUUCAUCAUCGCCGGGAAAAUUUGGUCCUCGUAACAAUCACGCUGAAAUCGCUAAGUGGCCAUCGCCACCAGCAGCCAAUCCCAAUGUUAAUGGCAAUGAUAACACAGAAAAUUAUCUUUAUACAAUCUUAACUGAGAAACGAUGUAAAUACAGCGGAUAUUGGGUUGAUUAUAAGCGCGAGGAAGUGGAGGCUUCGUCUGCACAACAGAGCGUCAAGAGGGAUUCCCAAAGAAUUUGCAGCAUUCUGAAUGAGGGUUUAGAAGAUUACGAUGCAUUUGAACAGAAGCUGGCUCCCUUUAUUUCUAGGCUCUCUCCAGAGCUUGUCUGCAGGGUGAUAGGCAGCACUAGUAUUAGUACUAGUGCCAGUGCCCGGCCUACAAUGAGCUUCUUCUUUUGGGCGCAGCAUCAGCCCGGUUACAGGCACAAUUCUGCCACAUUCGAUGCAGCCAUCCAGUUCGCUGCCAAAAGCCGUGAUUUCCAACUCAUGUCUACUCUGCUAAAAGAGUGUAAAAGAUGGGGUUUUUCAUUCACACCCAAAACCUUCUCGUUUGUUGCAGUGGAAGGGGGCGCCCUCAAAUCUCCUAUGCUGGGUGCGGUGCUCAGGUCGAUUCAUGAGAUGAAUAGAUGGAAUACAAGAGGGAAAAACCGUGAUGCCUUCGAUGCCCUUACUUCUACCCUUUGCAAUGCCAAUCACUUGGACGCCGCAUUGGAGGUGUUAAGAGGAAUGGUUUCUGCAGGAUUUUGUCUCACUGCCCAUACAUAUAACAUACUCGUGACUGCAUUAUGUAGAGAAGAUAGAUUAGAUGAUGCAAAACUGCUGAUCAAACAUAUGAGGGAUAAAGGCUCUUGCCCGACAACUAUAACUUACAAUAGGCUACUGAAAGCAUACAUUGAGAAGGAUAGAUUGAGAGAAGCAUCUGAAUUAGUGGACUCUAUGACUGAGGCAGGUUGUACUGCCGAUUCAUUUACAUAUACACAACUCAUUGAUUUUGCUUGUAGAAACAGGCUGCCAUAUAUGGGUCUGAAACUACUUCGUAAAAUGGAAUAUUCUGGUUUUAAACCUAUGCAAGCUGCCUACAAUACUCUUGUUAAGUGCUUCGAAUCCUUGGGACAGUUUGAUGAAGCUGACAAGCUAAUUGCUGAGUCAGAAAAAAAAGGCUAUGAAAAUACUGCUUGACGAUUUUGUUGAUGAAAUGGAAAACUCUACAAUGUAAUUUCAUGCUACCCAAGCAACAGGGUUCUAGAAAACAAACAAGAUCAAAGGAAAAAGAAGAAGCAGCAAACGCUAUAGAAACCAUCAGGGUGAACUUCACAGCAGCAUUUAGAUAAUUUGUUCUUCUCAAAGGUUCUUACAGGUGAGUUUGAUUGGGUUUUUAAUUGGAAGGAAAGUUUGCGACUUCUUAUGACCUUAGAAACAUGGACUAGAGAAGCAUUGUUACCUUUAUCCAAUUCCAAUGAGCUGUGAUAUAAGCAUGGUUUGGAGCAAUCUGCUUGAAAUGGAAAUAUUAUCAAAUAAUGAUUUUCUUGAACUACAUUUCAAAUAUAUGUCAUUCUGAAUCAAGGUGAAUGUAAUUAUUGUAUUCACAGAUAUUUAUCUAUUAUGGAAAUAUAUUGAAUGGUAGCAAAAGAAAAUAUGGAUAAACUGUACAACCGACUUUUUUCCUUCACUCUUUUCCUUAGCAUAACAUGGCAGUCUGCUGAAAGAGAAGUCUGUAAUUUUGAUCUGCGCUAUGUUUCAAGCUUCAACAUUUAGUUGAUUCUUCGUGUGAAGGACAGAAUAGACUUUUCUGGAAGCUUUAGUUAUUCCUUCUUUAAAUGUUCUUAGAACUACUGAAUGAUUGCAAUUUGCUACUGUGCCAUUAUGUCUUCAUU